CCAAAAGAGAAGCUCUGUAGGCAACAUGCACCAUUUAUUUUGCGCGUAAUGAACAGGUAGAGCUGUGUUGUGGAUUAUGAGUGUUUGUGCGGCGUCUGACAGUGUUUGCGUGAGAUCUCAAUGGACACGAUGAUCCCGAGCCAGCACGAGUGUUGAGCCCGAUGAAAUUAACCGGGAACAGGCGGAUUUGAAACUUUUUUCUCUUUCCUCCUGUACGAUCGGACCAUCCCAGCCUCUCUCUCUCUCUUCGAUUUGGAAUCAGAUCUUUUCAAAAACACACGCGCAAUUGACUUUGGUGUCAUUUUACGCUCUAUCCGGAGGGACUUUGUAUAAGAGCGGGGGGAUCUCGCCGGGAUGUUUUUACGCGACUUUGAACGUUCCUCUUCGGUUCCAUCCGUGAUGUUGGGAUUUCUGCUGGAUCUUUAGCUAUGAGCUCUGGAAAUGGGUCUGUGUCUGGGCUCAGAGGUGACAGAAGAGGGAAAGAAGGCGAAGAUCCACAGCUCGCAGAUAGACAGAGAUCUGUACGAGUAUGCCAAGAGAGAGAUGAACCUGGUGAAGAUCCUCAUGCUGGGUGCUGCUGAAAGUGGGAAAAGUACGCUGGUCAAACAGAUGAAGAUUAUCCACAGUCAUGGAUUCACCAAACAAGAGCUAGCCAGUUUUAAGCCUGCGGUGUUGGAUAACCUCUUGACCUCUAUGAAGUUUGUCCUCCAUGGAAUGGGCGUCCUUCGCAUCAACCUCGCUAACAGCAAGAACAAGGUCCACGCUCACUCCGUUCUCUCGUGUGGCCGUUGCUUCGACGAAGAGCAGAUGCUGUUCCCGUUCAUAGGCCACGCCCUCUGUUGUUUGUGGGCGGAUCAGGGGGUGCGGUCAGCAGCGGCGCGAGGAUACGAGUACGAACUCAAUGACUCGGCACUAUAUUUUUUUGAGAACAUGGGACGGAUCAUCGCCCCUGAUUACAUGCCGACAGAAACAGACGUUUUAAGAGUCCGACUGAGAACCACAGGAGUGAUUGAGACACAGUUCAGAGUCAAGCACCUGGUCUUCAGAAUGUAUGACGUUGGAGGCCAGAGGACAGAGAGGAGGAAGUGGAUCAGCUGUUUUGAGGAUGUGAGGGCCGUGCUGUUCGUCGUGUCUCUGAGUGGAUACGACAUGACGCUAGUAGAAGAUCCAUCGAUGAAUCGACUUCAGGAGAGUCUCAAGCUGUUCUCGUCAAUCUGCAAUAACGUCUUCUUCAGAAGUACUUCUAUGAUAUUAUUCAUGAACAAGAUUGAUCUUUUCCAAGAGAAGAUUCUCCACUCCGGGCGUCAUCUGCGGCAUUACCUUCCCCAGUUCAGAGGAGCUGACUGUGACGUGGACGCUGCCGCCCGGUUCAUCGCCUCAAUGUUUGUCUCUCUCAACAUGACGCCCAGCAAACUCAUCUACCACCACUUCACCACAGCCACCGACACCUCCAACGUACAGGUGGUUUUCCAAGUCGUUAUGGACACCAUCAUCAAGGAGAACCUGGAGGCUGUGUCUCUGCUCUGAGAACCAUUCCUCCUUUAAAAACUCAAUAAAGACUCACGGAUGAGCCCUUCACAAUGCUGAUGGUAUUUAUUGUAUAUGAUGCUCUGAUAUUCAUCAGGAUGCACACUUUUCAUGAAGCAAUAACUGAAUGAAUGCCAGUUUAUUUUCUUCUUGCUUAUAUAAAAUAAGUAAUAAAAAUGCAAUAAUCAACCCA